AUGUACGCCGCAACUACAACUCAUUGUGACAGGAGCCCAAGAAAAGCGUUACAGCGUGCUUGGGAGCGACCACCUGUUGUAGUUGCAAAGCGAAAUGCUCGGGAACGAACUCGGGUUCAUGCUGUCAAUCAGGCGUUCGUAACUUUGAAAUACCAUCUACCAGCUGUUCGAUCGAACACAAAACGUGUGUCAAAACUGAAGAUUCUGCGAGCUGCAAUCAGCUACAUUACUGCACUAACCGAUAUGCUUCACGUGAGUCUCACUGAUUUUACUUGCUUUCUUUUUGGAAUUAGGAGCAUAACAUGA